CCAAAGGGGCGUGGCUAACGGUCAGUUCUAAACAGAGUUUUUAGACGUUGGUUUUGUAACUUCUUGUUAAAUUCGGGACCGUUGUUUAUCCUAGUCCAGGUGACACUAUGGACACACUAAUAACUGGACAGCUUCAGUAAAACCUCUUUGGUUCCUCGGCUAUAAAAAGUUUUCCGAAAAACACAAACCGCUCAUCCUGUAUUGUACAUAGCUGGCUGAGUGUCCAAGAUGGUGCAGCAGUACCAGUCUCCCGUUCGGGUCUACAAGCAUCCGUUUGAGUUGGUCAUGGCGGCUUACAUGAGGCGGUUCCCAAAGUGUCCUUUGAUCCCAGUGUUUGUGGACAGUGAGAUCAUCAGCCAGAGCCAAAGCGAUGAUGGCUCCACUGUUGUUACGAAGAGGCGAUGCACGAUCGAUGUUGAAGCCCCUCGACUUCUGAAACGGAUUGCUGGUGUAGAAUAUCUCUACUUCAUUCAGAAGAACACCCUGAACUACAGAGACCGGACGCUUCACAUUGAAGUCCACAACGAGACGUUCUCCAGUAGAGUCUUUGUCCGUGAGUGCUGCAGCUACACGGUUCAUCCAGACAACGAGGACUGGACCUGCUUUGAGCAGACGGCUAGUCUGGACAUUAAGUCCUUUUUUGGUUUUGAGAGCUCAGCAGAGAAAAUAGCAACGAAGGUGUAUGCUAGUAACAUUAAAAAGGGCAAAGAAAUAAUUGAGUACUACCUCAGAGAGCUGGAGGAAGAAGGAGUCACUUGCAUACCUCGCUGGACCCCCCCUGCUGAUUCCAGAGGUGUCACCACCAGCCUCCAGCUGCCUUCCGCCUCUACUGCCAGAGGCAUCCCAGUGAACAGUAUCAAUGAGGGGCUGUCUGUGGCCGGUCCUUCAGAACUGGUAGCUGGUUCUCCUGAUGACAAGUUGGAUGCUGACUACAUCAGACGUUACCUAGGUGAUUUAACGCCUCUGCAGGAGAGCUGUCUCAUCCGACUGCGCCAGUGGCUCCAGGAAACCCACAAGGGCAAGAUUCCUAAAGAUCAGCAUGUGCUGCGCUUCCUGAAGGCCAGGGACUUUAACAUGGACAAGGCCAAGGAUUUUUUGUGUCAGUCUCUCACCUGGAGGAAGCAGCACCAGGUGGACUUCCUGAUGGACACAUGGGAGCGCCCUCAGCUGCUUCAGGAUUACUACACCGGAGGAUGGCACCACCAUGACAGAGACGGCCGUCCCCUUUAUGUCCUGCGUCUGGGUCAAAUGGACACCAAGGGUUUGGUUCGAGCCUUGGGUGAGGAGGCGCUGCUGAGACAGGUCCUUACCCUCAACGAGGAAGGACUGAGACGCUGCGAAGAGAACACCAGAGUAUUCGGUCGACCCAUAAGCUGCUGGACGUGCCUGGUGGAUCUGGAGGGUCUGAACAUGCGUCACCUGUGGAGACCUGGGGUGAAGGCUCUCCUGAGGAUCAUCGAGGUGGUUGAGGCCAACUACCCUGAGACUCUAGGUCGACUGCUCAUCCUGCGCGCACCCAGGGUUUUCCCAGUUCUCUGGACCUUGGUCAGCCCCCUGAUUAACGAGAACACUCGCAAGAAGUUCCUUGUUUACGCUGGAAAUGACUUCCAGGGUCAUGGAGGCUUGGAGGACUACAUAAACAGAGAGGUCAUCCCUGACUUCCUGGGAGGAAACUGCAUGUGUGACCUGCCUGAAGGAGGAACUGUCCCCAAGUCUCUGUAUCGGACUGCAGAGGAACUGGAGAAUGAAGAAAACUGCUUCCUGACCGAUUCCAUCUAUAAGAGUGCCAACAUCUUUAAAGGAGCUCCCUAUGAGGUGCUGAUUGAGAUCACAGAGGCCUCCUCCGUCAUCACCUGGGACUUUGAUGUGUCUAAAGGAGAUGUGGUCUUUAAUAUUUAUCACUCCAGAAGAGCUCCUCAGCCUCCAAAGAGAGACACUCUAGGAGCUCAUGGCAUCGCCUCCCUGGGGCCGGUGAACACUCAGCUGAUCGAUAGGAGCUGGGUGCUGGGCCGGGACUACAGCAUGGUGGAGAAGGCUCUCAUCUGUAGAGAGGGAGAGAGUGUGCAGGGCUCUCAUAUAACACGCUGGCCUGGCUUCUACAUCCUCCAGUGGCGUUUCCACAGCUCCACCACCAGCACCGCCUCCAGCCUCCCCCGAGUCGACGACGUUUUGGCGUCUCUGCAGGUCUCCUCACACAAGUGCAAGAUCAUGUAUUACACAGAAGUGCUGGCCUCCCAUGACUUCAGGGGAUCCAUGACCAGUUUGGAGUCUUGUCAGAGUGGUUUCUCUCAGCUCAGUGCUGCUACAACGUCCUCUGGUCAAUCCUGUGCUAGCUCCACGGUUUCAAGGUAGCAUCUGUCCAAAAGGCAAAUCUGCUCACAUCCAGCUCUUCCUGUUGCUAAGCUUCCAAGGAGACAUCACUGGGAUCCGCUGAUGACUGCACGUAGUCUCCUCCAUUCAUGUUAGAUAUUUUGCUUCUUCUUGAACAUUUUUAAUUGGAAGUGGUGAACUUCCAGUCUUUAUUAAUGGUGAAUGGUAAAUGGCUUGUAUUUGAUAUAGCGCCUUCUAGAGUCCUGGAACCCCUCAAGGCGCUUUACAACACAAUCAGUCAUUCACCCAUUCACACACUGGUGGGGAUGAGCUACAUUGUAGCCACAGCUGCCCUGGGGCGCACUGACAGAGGCGAGGCUGCUGAGCGCUGGCGCCACCGGUCCCUCCGACCACCACCAGCAGGCAACGUGGGUUAAGUGUCUUGCCCAAGGACACAACGACAGCGACAAACUGAGCGGGGCUCGAACCUGCAACCUUCCGAUUACGGGGCGAGCACUUAACUCCUGUGCCACCGUUAUUAAUGCAAGUUCUCACAGAUCUCUCCCCCGAUCCUGCCUCCUGUUGAUCAUUAAGGCCCUUGUUGCUCUGGGUUACGUAUAGAUGCUUUAAUCACAUUCCUGAAUAUGUGGAUUACUGUGAAACUCCUGGGGUUUGAUUCAGCUCCAUUGUAACACAUUAAAGGAUGAAUCCUCAGACCUCUUCUUCUAUUUAAUGUUAGUCUCUCUCUCUCUCGCUCUCGAUAUGACCUCUUCCCUGAAACCAUGAAGAGUAACAACUUUUCUUGUCAAGGCCAUCUUGUCCACACAUAAUGGAUGAGUACACUCUUUAUAAGACUGGAAUGUUCUUUGUCAACAAAUAAAACAGACUUGAAAAGAGGAGGAAAUCUUUCUAGAGCGUAAUGCAGCUUUUAACUCAUUCACUGCCGGGCAUUUCCUGAUCAGAAAAGCCCUUCGCUGCCAGCGUUUUUCAGCAUUUUUACGAAUCAGAGCAUUGCGCUCAAUGAUGAUGUCAGCGCCAAAACUAACAAAACAAAGAGUAGACUCACCUCUUACUUCAGGUACUUCAGCUUUUCCAGUUCGCACCUCACUUUAUUUACAGCAGCGGCCUAAAACGAUCUCCUAACACAUGGAUUUUCUGCUUCCUGAUCACGUGACGUACGCGGAUGAAGAUCGACUUUAGAGCUGGGAUGUUUGUUCUCGCGGAGCGGGGGCUCGUUCCGACGCCCACACAGUGAACGGUUGGAUUUAAAAUGACGACUUUCAUCAUCAAUGGCAGUGAAUGAGUUCAUCUGAUGGAAAUUUUACAGCAAUUCACAAAAUCAGGAAUGUAAUGAAGACAUCUAGCAUGUGGACAAGGACAAAAAAAAACCCUUCAACCCUCAUGAAGGAGGGGCGUGUCAGCGAGGUAGCAUGUAUUAAUGAAGAUCUCACUACAGUUUAAAGGCCUGGGCCUUCACACUUGUGAUUGAAUGAAAAGUGAAACAUCCAAUAGUUUCUUUGUUAGAGUUUAUUAUGCUCACCGCACUCUGAAUGAGCAGAAACUUGACCAGCACAUUUCCAGAGAGUUUGUUUAGCUCUUCAAUCAAAACUCAUUUAAACGUAACAGUGAGAUGCAUUUGUGUUUGUUUGUUUGUUCUGUAAAUUAUUUAAAUCUCCAUUAUGCCACUGGAAUAACUCAGUCACACAGUAGUGGUCCUUUAUCUGUAAUAACACAUUUGUUUUGUAUAUUAGUGUACAGAAUGAUUAUACACUUAUUAAAAUGGUCACUUGUGUAAUAAUGUAUUAAAACAUUACAGACUAUCUAAUCCCAUAAUACAUGUUUAGUGAGAUUAAAGAAAGUAAUAAUACCCUUAACAUGAUGCAGAUUGUCCUGGUGUUGUUGCUCUACUUCUCCACAAGAUGUCAUUGUCCUCUUAACUAGAAGUGCUCUCGGAUCUGCAGUGAGCUUUUAUCUCUCUCUCACACACACACAUACACUACUUUGAUUUUCAUGUCAGUUGAAAUGAGAAUUGUUGGAAUAAUGAAAUAAAUCGUGUUGAUGAAUAGCUGA